AUGGAACAUAUUGGUGAGCAUUCAACUAGCAUUUAUCAUGAUACUGUCUCUAUCGGUGGUGGUUCAUCAUUUCCGCAGUUCCCUUCCCAAACACGGGGAUGGUCAGAUGUGACCGAUCCAAAUUCCGAGUCACUAGCCGUUGAAAUUUCUGGAGCAAUGAGUGAUAAAGACCGUGUUCUAUUCAAGAUUCAUACAAAGACUACAUUGCCUGAUUUUAAACAAAAUGAAUGUGAUGUACAACGAAUGCAUGAAGAAUUCGUCUGGCUUCAUGAUCGUUUAGUUGAAAAUGAUACAUAUGCAGGUUUAAUUGUCCCACCAGUACCACCCAAACCAGAUUUCGAUGCAUCUCGUGCUAAACUACAACGACUGGGUGAAAAUGAAGGCAAUCUACCCGUAGACGAUCUGCGGAAAAUGAAAGCUGAAUUAGAAGCUGAAUACUUAGCUACUUUUAAGAAAACAGUUGCAAUGCAUGAAGUGUUUUUACAACGACUAGCAUCACAUCCAACAUUUAAACAUGAUCAUGGUUUUCGUGUAUUUCUGGAAUUCGAAGAAGAAUUAAACGUGCGAAAUAAGACAAGGAAAGAAAAGGCUGUUGAUUUUUAA